AUGAGCCUCCGAGCGCGCUGGAAGCAGCGCCGAACGGAGCCGAGCACCAGCGUGGAGCUAGGUGCGUCUUCCGCCAACGCCUACUUCACAUCCAAGCGGAUUUGUCAGCGCGUACCUCGCAAGACCAAGCCAUCUCCUCUGAAGGAGCGACAGGCUGCUUCUGCAGCCCAACGACGGGCUGAAAAGCAGCAGAGUAAACGACAAGCCGCCACUGAUGAAAAGCAGGAGGAAGAGCAGGAAGAGCAAAUAUCUGGACUGGAACUGCCAUCUCAUAGUCAGCUACUGGCAGAGUUGCGGGCAGCAGAUGAGCACGUGGAGUCGAAAGGUCGACGCUUCGAGCAGCACUUCCCAGUAUGGAAGAGCGAGCUCCUCGCCGGCUACAACCUGCUCUUCUAUGGCGUGGGCUCUAAGCUGACGCUGCUACAAGACUUUGCAUCGACCUAUUUAAGCGACGGCAUUGUGAUGCAGGUGCAUGGUUAUCUGCCUGUUGUUUCGCUUAAAUAUCUGGCUGAGACUAUCCAAAAAAAGAUCUUAAACAUGGAGGUAAAGCAAAACGAAUCGCUUUCUCAACAGUGUCGAGAUAUUCUCAAGGCGAAGCCAUCCCGACAUGUGCCUCCGGUGUACAUUCUUGUCCACUGCAUCGAUGGUGUGGCGCUACGUAAUCCAGAAGCUCAGACGUGUUUAAGCUGGCUAGCGAAGGCUCCUUUCAUUGGUCUCAUUGCUUCGAUGGAUCACAUUAACGGUCCAUCUAUUUGGAAAGAGGAGGAUUUACUUCGGUUCGAGUGGCUUAGUCAGAAUCUUGACACAUGUGUGCCAUACACGAACGAGGUUGAGUUGCGACUAACCAAGCGUACGAAGACGACGGACGCUACAAGCAAUGGCGUCAAAUUUAUUCUCCAGAGUCUAACACCAACUGAUGUGGCCACGUUGCAAGAGCUUGCACGUCAGCAACUCGCAGCUCUAAGCUCGUCUAAAAGUCGUGAUCGGAAGCAUAAAGGCACGAAGCUCCCGCCGUACCAGUCGGUGUAUGAGGCAUGUCGGAAGAAACUGCUGCAUUCUACGCCGUUGGCGAUGAAAAACUCCGUGAAAUGCCUUGAAGAUCAUGGUCUGCUUAAGAGAUGUCGUGUUCAUACAGUGGAAUAUCUGGAGAUCCCUCUGCCGGAAACGAUCAUCAAGACCGAUAUUCUUCAUGUAGAGGAUCAAGAUUGA